AUGUACCAAAAGAACGCCUUUCAUCGAAUUCCAUUGACUAGUUUUACGGAAUCCGAAUUGAAAAAGUUGGAUGUGAAAGAGCGAGGGAAAUCGAUUGAAAUUUGGCCGAGUUUUCAAUUCCGAGACGACGCCAAUGGAUUGGAUGUGAUAAAAUCCAGAAGACAGUUGUAUUAUGUUGCAUCAGGUAAAAAAAUAAUCCAAAAUUUCGGAAAUUACAAAAAAUUUUUUUUUUAUUUUUUCGUAUUUUAGAGCUGAAUUCCUCGUUAUCAUGGCGUUGGUGGGGCUCGUUUCUCCACACGAUCUCGUUGCCCAAAAUCGGGGCCUACGUUUCGCAGGAGCUGGGUUUUGAGGGCUUCGUGAAGGAGCUUUUCCGCCAUUCGGAUGUGGAAUUGUUGGUGGGGAAAUUCGAGAAUUACCAUCAAUUCCUGGGCCUCUACUUCUACAUUCUGACCUGUAUUUUCGCGCUGCUGAACCUGCAUUUGAUCGAUAAUAAGCUGUUUUUGAUUCCCUGUACGCGUUUGGUGAUCUGCAUCUACGGCGUGGGCGACAAGAUCCCGUUCGACCCGCAAAUCCCCGGACUUUUGCAGGAGAACGCGUUUUUUGUGGUCUGGUCCAUAUUUGUGGGCACUUUGCAAUGCGCAUUGGACAUUUGGGAUGCGAUUUUUAGGGUGAGAAAAGGGUUUUUUGGCUAUUUUUGGCAUCAUUUUUAAAAUUUUGCCCUAAGUUUUGACAUGUUUUGUGAUUUUAGUGGUCUCAACGUCAAGAGAAUCAAAUUUACCGGUCGAUUCUGAAUAUCGGAUAUACGGUGUUCAUGACUGCCUCGAUUUUACAUAUAAUUGCGCUGUUAUCAUACGUGGUUUUGCCCAAAUCCCAUCAAUUACACCCAACAUAUCUGCUGAUGCUGACGGCUGAUGUAAGUUUUGUCAAUAUUAGGCAAAAAUAUCAGAGAUUGAUGGGUAAAACAAGGUUAUUAGGUGAGGAAAAUGGCUUAUGACUCUUUAUUUGGCCAAAAAUAUCAAAAUUUUGUAGUGAAAAGCAUCAAAAAAAGGAAUUGCAUUGGCCGGGAAUCGAACCCGGGUCGCCCGCGUGGCAGGCGAGCAUUCUACCACUGAACCACCAAUGCACGGCCUCGAUCUCUCGGAAUUUGAAAGACUUUUCGCGGGAAAUGAUAGUUUUGGGAGUAAAAAAGCGAUUUUGAAGUGAAAAAAAUAAAAUAAAAAAUGUAAAAUACGUUGUCUUGAAUUUUUUGAGUUUGAUUUCAAAGAUUUUUUCAAAAAAUUUGAAAUUUUUCAAAAAAAAAAAUCCUAAAAUACGAGAAAAAAAUCUUGUCGUAUUUUACCCAGAAAUUCAAAAAAUCUCUUUUCAGUCCCUCCGCAUCAUCAUGUUGUAUAUUCAGCACAGUUGUCGCGUCUACAGCGAACAAAAUCCGACUUUUGCGCUUCCGCAGUGGGCUCCGAAACUUGGCUUAAUUUGCGCAAAUUUCUUCGAAAUUAUUUUUAUUUCCACUGCAAUUCAACAUGGAAUGUUCGUGAGGGACAGACUCUUUGCCAUAACGUUGGUCCCCUACAACGUGGAGAAUAUUAAGCGGUUUUUCGCUUUGAUUUGGGAUAUUGUAUAA